AUGUCUUCCCCUUUGAAGAUUCUCAUCAGCGGUGGUGGAAUCGCUGGAGGGUCCCUUGCUUUCUGGCUGGUCAAACUCGGCCAUGACGUUACCGUAGUCGAAUGGUUCCCUACUCUCCGCGCUACAGGACUUCAAAUCGACCUCCGAGGCCACGGCAUUGAAGUCUUGAAGCGAAUGGGUCUCGAAGAGGCGUUCCGUGCCAAAUCGGUCCCCGAGCAAGGUCUCCAGUUCGUCGACGGUUCCGGCAGGAGGCGAGGCCACUUUCCGAUGAACCAUUCGGGAAGCGGAGUACAAGACUUUACCUCCGAGUAUGAGAUUAUGAGAGGAGAUUUGUGUCGUCUCUUCUAUGAUGCCACCAGGGGCCGUGCCAAGUACAUAUUUGGCACUUCCGUGGAAAGCUUCCACCAGAAUAACGGCGGCGUAAAUGUACGCUUCAAGGACGGCAAGACGGACCAUUUCGACCUGUUGGUUGGUGCUGAUGGACAAGGAUCACGUACGCGCAAGAUGAUGCUGAAGUCCGAAGCCUCUGACGGCUUUUACCCGCUCAGGGGUAUUCAUGCCUCUUACUUCACGAUCCCGCGACCGAUCGAGAAGGGCGAAGAGUACUACUCUACGGCUUACUUUGCGACCAAUAGCCGGAUAUUAAUGACUCGACGACACAGCCCGGAAGCGAUUCAGGCGUACACUUUCUUCACAUCUCACGACGAGGAGUUUCAAAACGCUCGGCGAACUCACGGGCAGGAGGUGAAGGAUGUUGUUGCAAAGGCGUUCAAGGGCGCAGGAUGGCAAGUGGACUAUUUCCUUGAUGCGAUGAGGGACUCCAAAGACUUUUACUGCGAGCAAAUCGGCUUGGUCAAGAUUGACCACUGGUCCGAGGGCCAUGUCGCCCUUCUCGGAGACGCGGCGUAUGGCCCAUCAUCCAUGACGGGUAUGGGUACCACGUCGGCGAUAGUCGGCGCCUACGUCUUGGCUGGAGAGAUCGGGAAAUACUGCGGAUCUUCACGGCGCCAGGACGGCAUUGAAACGGCUUUACACGAAUACGAAAGAAAGAUGCGACCUUUCAUGGAUCAGGUGCAGGAAGGUAUCACCGAUGAUGCUCUCGUCUAUAAGCUUUGGCCGACUGGGCCGAUAGGGAUGGCAAUCUUGUACUGGAUUAUUGGGAUUGUAUCUUUCUUCCACAUGAACCUUGGCAAGUGGGUUCUGAAGGAGAGCGCAGUGAAGUGGAAUUUGCCAAACUACGAGGAGUUGAGACUUGAUGAGACUCACUAG